AUGAAAUUAAAGUUAUACUACGAUCUUAUGUCACAACCAUCAAGGGCUUUAUUCAAAAAAGUUCCUGUUAUUGAUCACAAUGGCUUUAUACUAACAGAAAGCUAUAUUGUAAUACGGUACCUAGCUUGUGAAAAUGUGAUACCUAUAAUGUUAUAUCCAAAAAACAGCAAAGCCCAAGCGAGAGUGGACGAAUACUUAGAAUGGCAACAUAUUGGAUUAAGAUUACAUUGUGCCAUGUUUUUCAGGGUUAAGUACUUAAACCCAAUAUACACAGGCAAACAGCCAGACCCCAAGCUAGUUCAGAGCUAUGAAAAGAGAAUGAUAAAUGCUCUUAAAGACAGUUUAAAUAGAGCAACCAAGAAUGGCUGGUUUUAA